UUUCAAUUUUUUUAGUUUAGUUUUAUAAAAAUAUAUUUUGCAUUAUUGUACCGUAAAAAAAGAUGGCAACUAAUAAAUUUGAAGCAUUAGCACGCGAAGAUAGCAAUGACAGCAGCUCAAAAUCAGAUGAAGAAGUUGAAAACGGAGAGGUGCCAGCAGAUGAGUCUGCCUCAAAAGAAGAUUCAAAAGAGGAGACAAACAAGUAUGUUUUUCCUGACGAACCUGUCAUUGAAAAUGGUGAGCAUCGUUUACAGGAUUGUUACUGUUUAUGGUUCUCACGUAAAAGUCAUGGGAAACAACCAGUUACUCAAAAAUAUGAAGACAGUAUAAAACUUAUUGGAGCCUUCGCAUCUGUUGAGCAAUUUUGGGCUUACUACUUACACAUGGUUCGUCCUGGCGAGUUAACUGGUCACAGUGACAUUCAUCUUUUUAAAUAUGGAAUUAGACCAAUGUGGGAGGAUAAAGCAAAUAAAAAUGGUGGCAAAUGGAUAGUUAGACUAAAGAAAGGUCUUGCAUCACGUUGUUGGGAAAAUCUAAUUCUUGCAAUGCUGGGGGAACAAUUUAUGGUUGGACAAGAAAUAUGUGGUGCAGUUGUUUCAAUCCGAUAUCAGGAAGACAUUAUUUCUAUCUGGAAUCGAAAUGCUAGUGACCAGGCAACAACUUCAAGAAUAAGGGACACUUUGCGUAGAGUAUUAAACUUACCACAGAAUACCAUAAUGGAAUAUAAAGCUCAUAUGGCUAGUUUAACUGAUCAUUCGAGUUAUAGAAACACAAGCGUAUUUGUGAAGUAAAAAAUUGGAGUUGAAAUUCAAUUGAUCUCUUUUGUAAUGUCGAUAAAGCUGCCAAUAUUGUGUUAAUAUGGUAAUUUCUGAUGCAAGCCAAAUAAAAAGGAAUGUUGUAAAAUAAAAUAGAUAACCAAAAAGAAUAAAAAAGGAGUAAUAAUAAAGAGUAAUAAUAAAGAAAAGAUUUUUAAAUAAA